AUGGCUGCCUCAAAUGGGCUUUCCGCGCCCAGCGCCAAAACUUCCACCGCCACAAACCCUCUUCAUUCUCUCACACAACCCGCAAGCGCAGGACUAAACCUCAAAUUCUACGCCGUCCGUGUUGGCAAAGCACCCGGCAUCUACCACUCCUGGGCCGACUGCCUCGAUCAAGUGCGCGGAUACCCCAACGCCUCCUUCAAGUCCUUCGCCUCUCUCACCGAUGCGGAGGCCUUCCUGAGCAACGGAUCUGCCGCUCGGAAUGGUAGUCAAUCCGGCAACAACGGCAAGUUCUACGCGGUACGAGAAGGCAGGGUACCGGGAGUGUAUGGAAGCUGGGCGGAGGUGUUGGAGCAAAUUACGGGAUGGAGGGCGCCAAAGCAUAAAGUCUUCGACAGCAGGGCAGAGGCGGAGUUAUUUGUCAAAGAAGGGAGGAAUGCGGCCCAACAACCCCUUCCCAUGGUGAUGAAUGGAGAUACCGGGCGUUCAGACUCGCCGGAUGGACCCAAGUCGAAAAAGGCAAAGACAGUAAGGAAAACCGGCGUAGAAGAGGUCUUGAUCGACGGAGGAAACGAGUACGAACCCGGCACCGCGCCCCUGGCCGACGACGUCGAAGACGACUUUGAAUCAGGCAUCACUCUCGAUCGCAUCACGGGCACCGCACGCUACAAAACCGCCGCCGAGCUAUCCAAAACAAGAUACCAAGCCGUCGGCCCUGCUCCCAACGCCCCCAUCCGCAUCUACACCGACGGCUCCACGCUCUCCAACGGCCGCGUGGACUCCAUCGGCGGCGUAGGCGUCUACUUCGGCCCCAAAGACCGGCGCAACAUCAGCGAGCCGCUGAGCGGAAGCAAGCAGACGAACCAACGCGCCGAGCUGACCGCCAUUCUGCGCGCGCUCGAAGUCGCCCCCCGCGAUCGCCGCAUCGUCAUCCUCUCCGACUCCAACUACGCCAUCAAGUGUGUGACGGAGUGGUAUCAGAAAUGGCGCGGCAACAAUUGGGUGAAUUCUGCUGGCAGGCCUGUGGAGAAUCGUGACUUGACCCAGAAGGUGCUGGAUAUGCUCGACGAGCGUAUGCGGUUGAAUAAGCAUCGGAUGGCGAAGGAGGAUUGGGACGGGGUUGGGAGUGGGCUUGGUGGAAAGGGGCCGUGGGAACGAGGUCCGGCGGGGGUGCAAUUUACGUGGGUGAAGGGACAUGCGAAGGAUGAGGGGAAUGAGGCUGCGGAUGAGUUGGCUACUAGUGGGGCUAGGACUGCCCGAGAACUGGCGGAGGAGGUGGUGCUUGAUUAA